CAUUCAACGUCUGACUGCGUUCAAGCAAGAGGGCCUAGACAUAAAAGUGUACGAUCUGGAAGGAUAUUCCUCUGAGCGGGGAGAGAUGGGUGUCGUUGUUGUUGUUGUUGUUGAACAUCGUGCAGUCAACUCUGGUCUAGGUCCUGGUGUGGUUCGGACGUUAGUCAAUCAUCUGAGGGUGUCAACAAAUGUUGUGGUACACCGAGGAUAAAUGGUGAAUGACGAGUUUCCGUGGCAGGGAUGGAUGUUCAUGGGAUCACGCUAACCCUUAUGCUACAAAGUUAGCUACAGUCUCAUAUGCAUGUCUGUCGCAUGAUAUCCAAAUACCCCUUUUCAUCUCCCACUAUGGACGACAUCAAGCUCUACUUGAAGCCUCGCCCGGUCCACCCUAAGUUUGGCGACCGUCCAUGGAUGCUGUUAAAUUCAGAUUUCCCAUAUGGUCCUUUCUGCUCAGCAUGGGGAACAAUUCCUCCUGACGCAACCGAAGUUUAUACAAUCCACUCACAUUCCUUAACUGCCGCUCUCACCAAGCUCGAAGAAAUUCUCCCAAAACUACGCAAGUCAAAUACAGAGAUCUCACGUAUCCAGGCGUCUGCUCCUACAAGCCCUUUCCGUGCUAUGUUUUGGGACGGUUUUGAGAUUGUCAUACCGGCCCAGGAUUUUCUCGCCGAUUGCCAGUACCAGACCGUCAAGCUUGUGUAUGGCGACAAGACACCCCCUAAACCUACCUGGUACCGCAAGCAUACCCCCCAGUUUUGGAAGCUUAUGGAAGAUGCCAUAUUUCCGCUGCGUCAAGAUGUCGAGCUCAUCGAGCUUGAUCUUCAGCGGCUCCUAUGGACGAGCAUUCUUCUUCUGCUGACGCAAAAUAUUAGGAUUACAUGGGGAUCCAUGAUCACGGGCGUCCAAGAAUAUAUAUCCGGUCUCUGGUAGCGAGUCGACAGCCAGUACGAGCACGACGUCUUCGGCGUCUGACAAUCAAGAGCAUUCAGCAACGAACAGUGUGGUCUUAUCUCCGAGUGGUCGAUCUACAAAGCCAUU